AUGGCGACUUACAAGUACCUACUAAACAUGGAAAACCAUGGGCCUAUCAAUCGCUUGGUCAAGGAAUUGUCCACGAAAAUCCAGGAAAACGAGGCUAUCCUCGCCAACAUCUCGCGUUCCAUAGAUACCAAGAUUACCCUACCGCAACUUCCGGGCGAAAACAACAAAGAAAAGCAUCAAGAACAGGCAGAUUCCAAUAAAUCUGAUAGUCUACGAGCUUUAAUUGACGAAAAAUACCUCCUGAAGAUGGACCACGUCGAGCAGUUUGAAGAAGUGCAAAAUACUCGUCUUCGACAGCUCCUUAUAGACAACAAGGCGUUGGCAGAGUUACAUAAGGCCAGGUGUGAACAAAACAAGCAAUUCUACAGAUCGUACCAAGGCUAUGAAAAGUUAAUUCAGAUUGUGAUACUUCCACAGCUCACAAAGUUGGUCUGCGACUACAAUAUAGAGAAGAUCACCGAUCUAAGGCAGAAGAGGCUUCAGGAGAAGUUGGCCCUAGACGAGGCUUUAUGGGAGAAGUAUGUUCAGUACGUGGCGAAUCUUGAUAAGAUUUACCAUAUUGUGCUGGAGACGGUGGAGGCUUUACAAAGUGUGUUAGACGAGCCACAAGUACAGCGGCUCGAGCAGCAGUUGCUUAUAGUGGAACGGCUAGCAUUGGUUGCAAAAAACGGGCACACGCAGCUCAAACGGCCACAGAUCUUAUCUGGAUAA